CAGUGUAAUGCUUUCUACCUGGACCUAUGCAAUUCAUGUGGGACUCCAUAUUCACUGAGAGAUCCUGCCAGUGCCCUUAAAUUCCAUCCACAGGAUUCCAGUCCUAUGAACAUGCUACAGUACCCUGGCACCAUCAAUCUUGUUUCUCAUCUAAUUCUGUGGCUCCUAGGCAAGUACAAUAUUUCCCUCUAUAGCUUCUUUACAGAGAAUGUAGUUUAGAACUCAUGAGGCUACAAACAUUCUGGAAGCAGGACCAGAUUUAUCCUGAUGGGCGUACACAUAUCAUUUUGAUAUUCUUAUUAUGCAAAAAAAGUGAAAGUCUCUGCUUUCCUAGAACAGGAAAAAAGAUAUUUUUGCUAAGCAAAGUGAAAAUUUUACUACUCUAUGCUUCUUCCCACAGUACCCAUAAAUAUGCUGAGGUCGUUUAUUUUGCCAGAUGGGGUUUGAGACCCUGUUGAAAUAAGAGAUGCCCUUAUUUUAUGUUUCCCUCAAAUUCUACCACAAACCACACUUGGGAGGGACAAAAGUUGCUAAGUAAGCAUGUUUACCUUCAACUGACUAGGAAGCGGAAGCCUAUUCCCAAGUGAUGACUCACAUGGCAGACCUAUAAAAGUAAAGGCACUUGUCUGGGGAGAGGCAGCAGUCUCCAGGCACGGCCAUUCAAGAUGCAGCCAGGUGUCCUGGCCGCCUGCCUCCUCUUGAGCUGGACUCAUUGCUGGUCCCUGCCCCUCCUCAACAGUAACGAGGAUGAUGAUUUGUCCGAGGAAGACUUCCAGUUUGCAGAGAGCUACCUGAGAUCAUACUACCAUCCUCUGAAUCCUGCGGGAAUCCUGAAGAAGAAUGCAGCGGGCUCCAUGGUUGACAGGCUCCGAGAAAUGCAGUCUUUUUUCGGCUUAGAGGUGACAGGCAAACUUGAUGAUAACACCUUAGCUAUCAUGAAACAACCGAGAUGCGGGGUCCCUGAUGUGGGUGAAUACAACGUCUUUCCUCGAACACUCAAAUGGUCCCAAACAAAUUUAACCUACAGGAUUGUGAAUUAUACCCCUGAUUUGACUCAUUCUGAAGUUGAAAAGGCCUUCAAAAAAGCUUUCAAGGUUUGGUCUGAUGUGACACCUCUGAAUUUUACCAGAAUUCACAAUGGCACUGCUGAUAUCAUGAUCUCUUUUGGAACUAAAGAACAUGGCGACUUCUACCCAUUUGAUGGACCUUCUGGUCUUCUGGCUCACGCUUUUCCUCCUGGACCAAAUUAUGGAGGAGACGCCCAUUUUGAUGAUGAUGAAACUUGGACAAGUAGUUCCAAAGGCUACAACUUGUUUCUCGUUGCUGCCCAUGAGUUUGGCCAUUCCUUAGGGCUUGACCACUCCAAGGACCCAGGAGCACUCAUGUUUCCCAUCUACACCUACACCGGCAAGAGUCACUUUAUGCUUCCUGAUGAUGAUGUGCAAGGAAUCCAGUCUCUCUAUGGUCCAGGAGAUGAAGACCCCAACCCUAAACACCCCAAAACACCAGACAAAUGUGAUCCUUCCUUAUCCCUUGAUGCCAUUACCAGUCUCCGGGGAGAAACAAUGAUCUUCAAAGACAGAUUCUUCUGGCGUCUGCAUCCUCAGCAGGUGGAUGCAGAGCUGUUUUUAACGAAGUCCUUUUGGCCAGAGCUUCCCAACCGCAUUGAUGCUGCCUACGAGCACCCUGCCCGUGAUCUCAUCUUCAUCUUUAGAGGUAAAAAAUUUUGGGCUCUUAAUGGCUAUGACAUUCUGGAAGGUUAUCCCCAAAAGUUAUCUGAACUGGGAUUCCCAAGAGAGGUUAAGAAGAUAAGUGCAGCUGUUCAUUUUGAAGACACGGGCAAGACCCUCUUCUUCUCCGGAAACCAAGUCUGGAGCUAUGAUGACACUAAUCAUACCAUGGACCAAGACUACCCUAGACUGAUAGAAGAGGAAUUCCCAGGAAUUGGUGACAAAGUAGAUGCUGUCUACGAGAAAAAUGGUUAUAUCUAUUUCUUCAAUGGACCCAUACAGUUUGAAUACAGCAUCUGGAGUAAGCGAAUUGUUCGAGUCAUGCCAACAAAUUCCCUGCUGUGGUGUUAAGCAUCUUUUUAAAAUUGCUAUUUAAAUCCUGGAGAGUGUUUGGGACAAUAAUACUUCCAGAAAUCUGGAGGUGCAGGGAGGAGAGGUUUCAGGGCAAAGCUUAGUUCUGUGAACAAGCUUCAGGAAGUUAACUUUGAAUGUGCAGUAUCUGUGUGACUAUGCGUGGCAGGCUCCACAAUGAAGAAUUGUUAUAGUACAAUUGAGUACCUCCAGGGAUCACCUGAUUCUUCAGUGCUAUGCGGAAGCAAUGUUGUAUAUUUCCCACACCAAAACAGGAUGCAGGGUUUGUCAAUGAGAGUUAGAAUAUUUUAAAAUAUAUUUAUGAGGAAACUUUACACAGGGAUAAAGGUAAAUCACAUUUAUGUAAUUACUGAAUCAUCUUUACUAAAAAGUAUAAAAUAGUAUGAACAUAGAAUUCAGUAGGAGCAUUAUGGUAAUCAUAAAUCAACACAGAUAAAUCAAUGGGAAUGCCUAUCAUAAAUGAAUUAUAGACAAAUUUCCAAAGAAAUAAUUUGGAUUUUGCCCUGAGUAUUCAGAUGGGCAUAUCCCUCUAAGAAAACAUCAUAGUCACUAAAGACAGAAGACAAAGACCAAAGGUGAGGACUGUAGAUUUGGUCAUGGAAUUCUGAAUAAUAUUCACUUUCAGCCAUGGCUCAAGGACUGCUUUCAAAUAAGACAAAUAUUUAUUUACAUAUUUAUACCAGAUAAAGAGAGAUACUCUUUUUAUUAAAAUAUUCCAGGUCUUUCAGAAGUCACACAGUAAAACAUUAAAAUUGUUACCUAAAUAACUUUAGGUCAUGGCAUCCUUUUUCAUGUCAUUUGGUUAUUUAAAACUAAAAGUAGCAUAUUAAUCCUAUUUUAUCUAAGUAAUUAUUUUAAUUAUCUACUUUAUGUUGGACCUGUAGGCUAUUUUCUAAAUACUUAUAUGGCAAGAAACAAAAUAUGUCUUACAAAAUGGAAAUACAAAUGUUAAAAUAGAGACAUCCAAAAUAAAGGAAACCAUCUACCAGA